AUGCGUCUCUUACACACCAAGACUCUCGAGCUACACGAGUUCUUCGGUAACAAAAUUCCUCCUUAAGCCAUUCUAUCGCACACUUGGGACGAAGGUGAAGUUUCUUUCCAGGAGCUGCGUUCUAGUGGCGGCAAAAACAAGGCAGGAUAUGACAAAAUACGCGGGUGCUGUGAAAUGGCAGUUUCAGAUGGCUUUCAAUAUGCUUGGGUGGAUACCUGCUGUAUCGACAAGCAGUGCUGAGCUUUCAGAAGCCAUCAAUUCCAUGUACAACUGGUAUCGACUUUCUGACGUCUGUUACGUCUACUUGCCAGAUGUUGCUACUAAUUUGGGAACAAAAGCUACCGAAGACGCUAUCAGAAAGAGUAGAUGGUUUACGCGCGGGUGGACGCUACAGGAAUUGAUUGCACCAUCUGGCGUCAUAUUCUUCGAUAGCAAAUGGGGCGAUCUCGGAACCAAGAAGAGCCUGGAAACAGUGAUAACCGAUAUUACAAAGAUUAAUGGGGAAGUCCUUCGAGAUGCAAACAACAUGGGAGAAUUUAGCGUCGCCCAGAAAAUGUCUUGGGCGUCGGAACGAGUGACGACCAGGGUAGAGGACAUCGCUUACUGUCUCCUGGGAAUAUUCGGCGUUAAUAUGCCAACGCUCUAUGGGGAAGGUGACCAAGCAUUCGGCAGACUCCAAGAGGAAAUUAUGAAGAGCACGUUGGACCACUCUAUUUUUGCCUGGACUGAAACGUCCUAUUUCGGUCACGGACUCCUUGCGCCUACACCGGCUUGUUUUACGAACUCGGGGAAUAUCGUCCAAUGCAAAAAUACAACAGCCAGUCCUUUCACCUCCGCCAACAAAGGAAUAAAUCUCCAUCUCCGCCUGAAGACCUUUGAUAAAUCUAUACUAUGCCUCGCGGUUCUUGACUGCUAUGAUGCCAUGGUUGAUGAUAUGAAGCUCUUGGGGAUUUAUCUUGAAAGACAGUCCGAGAAGAGUGACGUCUUUAGAAGAAUUCGGGGUGACAAGCUAGGGAGUAUGGGCAGAGAGCGAGUCAUGUUAGAUGCCCUUUCCUAUCAAAGUUGCUGUCUCUCGGUACACGGGUUGAAAGAAAGUGGAAGCGAAGUCAGGUGAUCCUAGCAACAUGUUCAAAUAUAGUACUUUCCAUUUCUGGGAAACCAACUCCCUUCAAUGGUUUUUCCUAAUACUGCGGCAGAAGAGACGGAGAAUUUGGUCGGGCCUAUGGACGCAAGAAUCACUGAGAGUGAGUGUUGUCGAACAUAUUCCAGAUCAGUGUGUCAAAUGAGUAGAGUAGAGUAGAGUAGUGGGUCCUACUCAUACUCUACUCAACCAAUUAUAGCG